CCUAAUAUUUUUUCCGAUUUCUCUCUCCUCCUCGCCCACGUCUCGUCCCGUCGACUUCCAUCCCUCCCGCCGCCUUAGUCCUAGCCCUAGCCCGCCGCCGUCGGCGAGACCCAGACCCCAGCGUGCCCCCUUUUGUCCUUCCCGACGGCUUCGCACGCAUCCCCCGCCGUGCUUCCGCCUGGGAACCCUAGAUUUCAGCUGAGAUAGAAGGAUGAUGACACAAACCCUGCAAGGGAUCCAGCGACAGUAUGCACCAACUGGCUAUCCUAUACAAACAAAGUAUACACAGAGUGCAGCGCAAAUUCUUCAGCUGGAUAAUAUGGAUUCAGAUACCAAUCCAGUUCGUUUCAUGAUCCAACAGAGGAUUUUACACUGCUUGAAAGAAAGAGUGGAGUGCUAUAACUGGAACCCACAUUGUCUUGUUGAGUUAUCAAAACAGAUUGAUGAGCAGCUUUAUAAGGAUGCUUCAAAGGUCCAAUACAUGGAUUUUGAUACUAUAGAAGAAAGGGUGAAUGCUGUCCUCAGUACUGGAUCAUUUGGCAACAUUGAAUAUGCUCGGGCUUCUUCAGCAGAUUUACCCACGUUAUACUCAGAACAGCCUGGGAUAGAUGUACCAGAUCUAAGUACACAGCAUGGUAGAGCUGUUUCUGGUUCUGUUAGUCUUGCGCUGCCUUCAAGAGACUUAUCACAUCAUGUGUUCUACUCUCAGGGAUUUGCACCAAAUGUCCACCAUAAUGAUGCUGCCAACUUUGCUUGUUCAUCAGCUGAUAAGAUUAAACAGUGGCCUCAAAGUGCAUACACCAUUGCUGCUCCAUGUGUGUCAGCACUACCAAAAUGCAGUCAUAGUCUGACUGGGAGAUUUGGUGUAGUGCAUAAUGACCAUAUCCCAGGCGAUGCUCAUCAAGUUGAUAGUCCACAACCAUCAACAUCUGGGAGUUCAAGCUCUUUGUCUGCAAUGUUUGAUCGAACCGCAAAUUCUACAACUAACAUCUAUCCUACUGGUCAAGUACCAGACAGAGCAUAUGAGGAGUUGUAUACAAGGAGUCACCUAACAGAGCAAUCAGAUCAGUCAAACAUCACCGCUGGAGGCCAUGACUUGUCGUAUCACUAUGACCAAUCUAAAAUGCACCCAGACACCAAAGGAGAAUGUGGACUUGACGGAUGCAUUCAAAAAAAUGAAAAACGUUGCCAGAUAUCAGAGAAAUGCUCAAAUUUAAGCACACAGUGCUCCCAUAACCAAUGCUGCUUUAUUACUGAUGUUGAUAGUAGUGGUUCUGUAAGAAAGGAAGUGAGAGCUGAACAGGCAUCAAAUAGCACAGUCUCAAAACCAACUUCACCUACAUCAGUUGAAUCUUCUGGCAAGCAUCAUCCGGCAAAACGAUUGAAGAUUGAUUCACCUAGUCUUUCCCAUGUCAACGAAAUAGAGUUUCCAAGGGAAAAACAGCUUGCCGCCAAUGAAACACAUCUAUCUUUUGAAACAGUACAAUCUGAAACCACAGAAUUACCCACAAAGUCACCAUCUGGCUGUUCCUUGGGAGAUAGCAAUACUAGCGGCAAUGUUAUGCUUGGACCAAACAGUGAAGAGCUACAUAAGAUGGAGAUUAUUGGAUUGUCAGAGACUGCUGUACAGGUUCAAGAAGAACUGUGCUACGAAAAUGGUGAUGUCGAGAUGAAGGACAGGCUUAGUUCAGUAGAUCAAACAUCUACUGGACCCAACUUAACUGCGAGGAAGAAAAGAGGGGCUUCAAUACUUUAUGCUUUAACUGCUGAAGAGCUUAUAGAUCACAUGACAAGUUUGAACCAGCAUACAUGCCCGAGCAAGGUGAUGACAGAAGAACUCCACUCAGGCCUGCCUGACCAAAACACAUGCAGUUUAUGUGGGUUGGAGAGGCUUAUUUUUGAACCCCCUCCACGAUUCUGUGCUCUCUGUUUUAAAAUAAUAAAUUCCACGGGAUCCUAUUACGUUGAAGUGGAAAAUGGAAAUGACAAGACUUCGAUAUGUUGCAAAUGCCACCAUCUUAGUAGUGCUAAAGCUAAAUAUCAAAAGAGAUUCAGCUAUGCAGAAACAGAUGCCGAGCCUGAAUGGUGGGUCGAGUGCGAUAAGUGCAAAGCUUGGCAGCAUCAAAUAUGUGCUCUUUUUAACCCUAAAGUUUUGGAGGAGGCGGAAUAUAGUUGUGCGAAAUGUUUAUUGAAAGAGAAGGACCGUGGAGAUAUCAGUUCUCUGGAGUCAUCUACUGUUCUAGGAGCAUUAGAUUUACCGAAGACUAAAAUGAGUGAUCAUAUUGAGCAAAGACUUUCCCAGAGGCUUGUGCAGGAGCGGCUGCUAAGGGCAAGAGCUUCAGGAAAGGGCAUUGAAGAGGUACCAGGAGUUGAAGGUCUUACUGUUAGAGUGGUGUCCUCAGCUGCCAGAGUACUACAAGUCCUACCACGUUUUCGGGAUUUUUUCAAACAAGGAAAUUAUCCCGGGGAAUUUCCGUACAAAUCAAAGGCCAUUCUCUUGUUUCAAAAGAAUGAAGGUGUGGAUGUUUGUCUAUUCGCCAUGUAUGUACAAGAGUAUGGGUCUGCUAGCCCAUUACCAAAUCAAAGGCAUGUUUAUCUUGCAUAUAUCGAUUCUGUCAAGUACUUCCGACCUGAAAUAAAAUCUGCAAGUGGGGAAGCUCUCCGUACAUUUGUGUACCAUGAAAUUUUGAUUGGCUAUUUGGAUUACUGCAAGAAGCAAGGAUUUGUAAGCUGCUCCAUAUGGGCUUGCCCAUCUACGAAGCGUGAUGACUAUGUUUUGUAUUGUCAUCCCACAUCCCAAAAAAUGCCAAAGUCUGACAAGCUUCGCAGCUGGUACCAGAACUUGGUCAAGAAGGCUGUUAAAGAGGGUGUAGUGGUGGAGCGUAAUACACUUUAUGAUUUUUUCCUUCAGUCCAGCGGUGAACGCAAGGCCGAUAUCUCAGCAGCAUGCUUGCCAUACUGUGAGAAUGAUUUCUGGCCUGGGGAAGCAGAGAGACUCCUUGAGAAGAAAGAGGACAAUACCUCACAGAAGGAAGAAACACAAGUAGGAAGGCUCCUGCGGGUUGCCAAACGCGAUGCCAGGAAAGGAGAUCUUGAUGAUAUCUUGCUAAUGCACAAGCUUGGAGAAAAGAUGCGGACAAUGAAAGAAGAUUUUAUUAUGCUUUGUCUGCAGCAUUUUUGCAAGCAUUGCCAGAAAGCUAUUGUGUCCGGUAAAAGUUGGAUUUGUACCAGCUGCAAAAAUUUCCAUCUUUGUGAUCAAUGUCAUGCAGUGGAGCUAAAUAUGCCACAAAAGGAUAGGCAUCCGGCUAAAACAAAACAAAAGCAUGCUUUUCAAAGGAUAGAGGAAGAACCUCUUCCGGAGACUGAUGAUGGAGAUCCAACAAUGGAAAGCAAGUAUUUUGACAGCAGAAUAGAUUUCUUGAAGCACUGCCAAGACAAUCAAUACCAGUUUGAUACACUCCGAAGGGCAAAACACUCAACAAUGAUGAUUCUUUAUCAUCUGCACGAUUCAGCUUGUUCUGCCUCUAAACAAGUUGGGGAAAAUUUGCACAUCCAUAAGCUCAGACAGACAGACAAUCGCCACAUAUUGCAAAACUACACUCUACAGCAGGACUACCUUGAAAGUUUGGUACAUGCUUCAAAAUGCUUCUUCGAUCCACGGAAUUGCACCUUCAAACUUUGUAUUAUUUUGAAGAAGCUGUUCUUCCAUGGUGUACGAUGUGAUGUCCGCAACCGAGGAGGUUGCAGGAAGUGUGUCUUCAUGUGGAAACUUUUGCUCACUCACUCAAAACACUGUGAUGACAGGGACUGUUCAGUUCCCAGAUGCAGGGAUAUAAAGGUAUUCUUUUCUAAGACAAAGAAGCUUACUGGACCUUGUGCUGUAGAAUGCUAGCGAAUUUGAGACAAGCUUCCCUUGAACUACUAGUACUGUUUUUAACAGGAAGAUUUGUUGAUGAAAAUGCAAUAAACUGUUUCCGUCAUAGAUUGACGGUAUUGCAUGGUAAAUAAAAUGACGACUUUGUGGUGGAGGCGGCAGCAGCAUAGUUAGUUGUGUCGCUGGUUUCCUGGAUUUCCUGGGUGACUGGGUUCAACUGUAUCAUAUUUAUGUCCGUCGCCGGGCUGCUGUUUUUGAGCAUGGAUGUUAUUGGGAGGAAAUACCAACGGAGGCUUACUUAGACAGUCUUUGACAUAUGUAGUGCUGGUACAUAGCUGUAUAGUUUCCUGCAAGCCAUAGCUGGAUCACCAAAAUAGAUUCUUGUUUCUUUUCUCCUUUUUUCUCUGAUUGUAUUGAACAAGGCCACAAUUUUGUUCAGUGUUGCUGUACCGUGGCUAAUUCAAAUUCAAUGAAAUGUGUAUAUUUACUUUUUCGCCGGUUACUGACCUGAGCCAGUUUCUCAGAUGUCUACCGUGGCUAAUUCAAAUUCGAUGAAAUGUGUA